AGGGCGUUCAGGAAAAUUUUCGGGUCAUGCGAUCUGCCAAAUAGCUGUCGAUCAUCUCUAAUAGCACUUUGUCUGUGACGAAAGUUUUGUUGUCCUUCCUCGCGCCUGUUUCGCUGUUUAUAACCGAAUUUGUGGAACAAACUGUGCGAUUCCCAACGAUGAGCGCUGAGGACGAAGUGCUACGCAUUCAGAAGAAGCUCAACAAAAUGUCGAGCGGUGAUGGGACGGGCCAGGAACAGGCUUUGGAAUUGCUUAAGAUACUUCAAAAAUUGCCUGUUAAUUUGGAUCUCUUAACUAAGACACGCAUUGGGAUGACCGUGAAUGCUUUAAGAAAGUCAAGCAGAGACGAGGAAGUUAUUUCUUUAUCAAAAACUCUUAUUAAGAAUUGGAAGAAGUUUUUAUCGGGCUCUAAUAAAGACAAAGAUUCCACUUCAUCGAGUAGCUCGAAGAAGAAGGAUGAAAAGUUAGACAAGGGGAAGGAAGAAUUUGAUCAGAAAAAGGAAAAGGACACCACAGAUGCGGCUGAUGUUAAAAUGAAGGAAGAGAAACCUAAUAAAGACUUUCAGAGAAAGCAACAAUCCUUUCCCGCUCCUACCACAACUGAUGCAGUUAGAUUAAAAUGCAGGGAAUUGUUGGCAGCGGCUUUACGCAUAGAUGGGAAAGUAAUCGAUGGCUGCGCCAGUCCAGAAGAGUUAGCGGAAGAAUUGGAGGAAGCAAUCUAUGCGGAAUUCAAAAAUACUGAUAACAGAUACAAAAAUAGGGUACGCAGCAGAGUCGCCAACUUGCGCGAUAUGAAAAAUCCCAAUCUGCGGACUAACUUCCUCGUGGGCGCGAUUACGCCUGCUCGACUCGCGGUGAUGACUGCGGAAGAGAUGGCAAGCGACGAGAUAAAACAGCUACGUGAACAGUUUAAGAAAGAAGCCAUCAAUGACGCGCAACUUGCCACUGUGCAGGGAACGAAGACCGACUUGCUCAAAUGCGGCAAAUGCAAGAAGCGCAAUUGUACGUACAAUCAAGUACAGACGCGUUCUGCCGAUGAACCGAUGACCACCUUUGUUCUGUGCAACGAAUGCGGAAACCGAUGGAAAUUCUGCUAAGCUCCGAUCCUAAGUUUCUUGAUUUGUACACUAUCGUAAUGCGGUGAAAUAUCUCUUGACAAUUCGCCUAAAGUUUAACACAUACGAGAUGAGUUGAUUAAACAUCGUGAAAGUCGCGUGUAUCUAUGAAUUCUCGAUUGUCGUAUUAUGGUUUCUUUUCUUUUUUCGCCUUUAUUGAUUAUAGAUGCAAUGCAUGUUUCGUACCUCGAAUGGAAAUUUUAUGCCUCCAGCGAAUAUGAAAUUUUUAUUUAAAGGAGACAAUUAUUUCAUGAAAUGAUGAACGCAGCCGCAUUUGUGGUACUCUUUUCUUUUUUUGACUUUCUGAUCAUGUUCUUCUUUCCUUUUGUCUAACUUCUCAUCCUUCUUCGAGCUACUCGAUGAAGUGGAAUCUUUGUCUUUAUUAGAGCCUAAUAUACAGAUUAUGUUUUUUAAUAAUCUAUAUAUCAAAAUUAAUCAUAUUUUAAUUGCAUUCAGCAUAAUGUAUAUAAAUAUAAAAUAAAAAAUUGUAACCGAUUACCUAUAUUUAAUAAUAAUACAAUUUUCUAAAUGAUAAUGAAAACAUUUAGGAUAAUUAGGGAAAAUAUUAUUUAUUUGAAUUAGAUAUUGUUUAUAGUCAAUUCUCAUCUCGUCAACGAGACUUGCUUAGGCAGAAUCAUCACUUUGUUAUCACGUGUAAAAACCGAAGUGAAUGCAUCCACGUUAUCAUUGUUUUAUACUUUCCCGGUGCGGUAUUCCCGAUAUUCGAAACAAUUCGAGUAAUUUCAAGGCGAUUUAAAGUAAUGAAGUCAGAUAAAAAGAGGAUAGAAGGGAGGAGACAAUCUAUAAUACGACAAUCAAGAAUUCAACAUAUCAAUUUUCACAUCACUGUAUAUAAACCAAUCUAUUAAAUUUGAAUUCUCAGAGUUUAAUGCUAUAUACAGUAGAGCUGUAUUUUUACGCGCACGGCUCUGAUUUCUCCAUUUUCAUGCACUCUUCUUCUUCCACUGAAAUUAAGAAAAGCAAAAUCGUAAAAAUACAGAAAUUCUACUAUAAAUAUAGUUCUUAAAGUAUGUGAACAUUUUAAUUAAAGCAUUUUUAUUCUAUUUACUAGAUUGCAAUUUUUGCGAUUUUGAUUGUAAGUCUCAAUUUGUAGAUGGAAACUUGCCCAUUGCAAGUCUUCACUUAUGCAUAUAAUGGAACGGUAUAAGUAGAUCACUUUGUCAUUGUGCUGCAUGAAAUUCAGAUGAUUAUAAAAACUAUUUGCGUCUAUAAUUAUGAAAUAUAUAAAGAUGUAUAUCGUA